AUGUGUCCUGAUGCCAAGAAGAUCAAUGGCCUAGCUCCUGUGGCGUCUGAGGUUAGUGCAAACCUUCGACACCACAGCGCCAUAAAAGCUGUGGAGGCUGGGAAGUCCACCCGCCGUCGAUAUGCUCACAUGCACACUCGUGAAGCCUUGAAGCUUGAAGAGGGCUUUGAAGCAUCCUUCACGUGGGCACCUUCACUCUCGGCCAAGCCUCGUAAUGCAGAUGAUGACCUUCUCGCUGGUGCAGAGAGUCUCUCACCUGACGACAUUACUGCUGAAUCUGCGGUUCUCGAAGUGUUGAAGAACAUUAACAAAGUUGAAGUGCUGGAGGAAAAAAUGCUUUUGAUUUUGUUCAAUGAGGAAUAA